AUGAGUGAUGCACGAUAUCUUCAUACAGCUUCUGUUUUAUCAAAUGGAAAAGUAUUAGUUACUGCUGGCUCCUACGGGCUUCCUACUAAUUUAAAUAGUGCUGAGUUGUAUGAUCCAUCAACAGGCACUUGGACAAAUACUGGUAGCAUGAAUAAUGCACGAGUUUCUCACACAGGAUCUGUCUUAUCAAAUGGAAAAGUAUUAGUUACUGGUGGAUAUAGUAAUGGUAUUAAUUUAAAUAGUGCUGAACUGUAUGAUCCAUCAACAGGUAUUUGGACAAGUACUGGUAACAUGACUAUUGCACGAAAUUCUCACACAGCAUCUGUAUUAUCGAAUGGAAAAGUAUUAGUUACUGGUGG